AUGUUUGAUAUAAUAUCUGAUGUCGAACAGUACUCCGAAUUUCUGCCAUGGUGUCUUGAUUCGGUUGUUUUACAGACUCACCCUACAAAAGGUAGACUUUGCCGCUUGAGCAUUGGGUUUUACCCUUUCAAAGAAAGUUACGAUUCAUGGGUAACAGUAAUUCAGCCACGCCAUGUCAAGGUAACACCUAUUUUAAACGACCUUUUUGAGCAUCUGAUUAACGAGUGGCAUAUCGGACCCGGGUUGCCCAACAACGAAAAUACAUGCACGGUCGAAUUGAAGGUCGAUUUUAGGUUUCGAUCCAAGCUCCAUUCUCGAAUAUCUAGCCUCUUCUUUGACCAAGUGGUUGACUCCAUGGUGGGCGCCUUUUUAAGUCGAGCAAACACCCUCCAUGGGCCCGGCUCUAUACCCCGGCAACCACCAACAAUUCUGGAGUACACCAAGUAA